UAUGUGUCAGGGCGUCUGGCUAGAAUCUCCUGCACAUCCUCUCGCGCUGGCUCUUGCAUCCACAUCUCCGCCUCCUUCUGCUGCCUCUCUUCCUCCCUCCUGUUGUGUUUUUUUUCACCCCUCUCCUCCGCCGCCUCCAUCCUCAUGCCCAUGCGAAACGUGCAACGCCACUUGCGCGAGUGCGUGCGUGCGUGUGGGCGCGCGCUUCCAAAUGGGGGAACAGAUUAAAAACAAAAGCGGGGGCACAUGCUCAAUGAGGAGGUGAAGGAGGAGAAGAAGAAGAAGAAGAAGAAGAAGAGGAGGAAAAGGAGGAGGAGGGUGGAAGGCGCGCACAGGCUUUUUUUCAUUGAGUGCCUUCGCCCUGAGCCGAGCAACAGCAUGGAUCUCUCCUUCAUGGCCGCGCAGAUCCCAGUUAUGACGGGAGCCUUCAUGGACUCGUCGCCAAACGACGACUACAGCGGCGAGCACUCGCUCUUCAACUCAUCCGCCAGCGUCCACGCCGCCGCCUCGGCGGCCUCGGUGCACGGCCAGCCGGACGAAUCGCAGUCCAUGUCCAGUGAUGCCAUCUGGCUUUGGAUCGCCAUUGUGGCCACGAUUGGAAACAUUGUGGUGGUGGGCGUGGUCUACGCCUGCACCUUCUGAGGAACCAUCCGCCCCCACUUCUAAAUUUUUGGAUCCGCCUGCUCUUUCGAGAGUGAGUACGCCCCCCGCGCCGGAAUCGUAAACGUCGACAACAUGAGUGCAAAAGACUCCUGCUUUUGUUGGAUUCCACGAUCUGAGGAUAAUGCACCGUCGCUAAAAAGAGGAAGCCUGUUCACUCCGCUAAGAAUCAGAGGAAUGUUGCUCCCUCCUAAGUUUCUUUCCAUGUCUCCCCUGAAGAACACGCUCUCACUUGCCAUGCGGAGAUGCGAAUGGAGGUGAAAUGGGGCUUGAGAUUUGGGUUGAUCCGGGGACGUCGCAAGCCUCCGUUCGCCGCAAAGCAAUUUAGGGCAACGCUCUUUAAUUAUGCCCUGGAACACGGAUGCCGAAUGUUAAAACAUUUAGAAAGCGGCGGGAUUAUUUUCAUCCGAAACAGCCCCGAGGCCCGUUGCCAUUAGGGCACACAUAAGGAGACUCCGUGGAGCAGACCUGGCAUGGACGCACCAAUGACUUAAUCAUCAGUGCAAUUCACUUACCGCACAUUGAAAAAAAAAAAA